AUGAUGCUGCCCAACCGCUGGAUUCUCGAGGCCGACGCCGUCAAGCUCGGCCGUAAAAUGAAACAAGUAUGGGAAAUUUACUGGGAUGCACGCGAAGAUCCCUACGCCGGCGUUCCGGACGAGGAAGUCGCCAACUUCAUCAACACCGGGGAGCGGCUUGCCUCCCCCACGGCCAACCAGGAUGUGGCGAACGUCAUCUCUGAGCAGGACUGGGCCCGCAAUCCGUCGGAGCGGGCGACCAUGUUCAUCGUCAACCACGCGCUCGACGCCAUUGAGCGCCGACUGCGGGGGGAAGUCGAGGACGUGGGCGAUGCGGCUCCACCCACCGUCGAACCCGAUGCACCUGCUGUGAUGCCACUGACGGAAGAUGAUCGUGAACCGCGCCCACCCGUCGACAUCGCAGAAGCUGCCAUUCCACAAGCGGCCGAUGGGCAGCCCUUCAUCGACCCUGAUGCCCACGACGCGAACAGGGCUGCCGGCGCUAUCGAUCCGCUGCGCGACACGAAGAAGGCCGGCCGUCCGCCAACGAAGUACACCUAUGCGGACGGCAUCUGCACGAUGUGCACCGACAAGCGCGUCACCAAGGUCAGCACACACUUUCGGGCAGCUGCAUGCUCCCGGCACGUACAGAUCUUCAAAAAGGUGCUGAGAUGCUACGAAGAACGGGCCGGGAUCUGCUACUGCAAGCCUUGGCGUAAAUGCAAUGUGUGCCAUUACGCCGACGGGAGCCAACGCGGAUUUGGGGCGCCGGAUGCCGAAGAGGAUGAU